AUGUUCUGCAUUGGCAAUAGUCAUAAAUGCGACCCUUGCCGCAAGUCAAAUGAACUCCAUGAGAAACGGCACAAGGACAUUGCAGCUCUGGUAGACAAGAUCUAUGAGUUUGACCGAGGAGAGGGAAACCUUACCCUCAAAUUUGGCGACGGUACGAAUGGCCUUGUUCUCUAUGAUCGCACGACCAAUCUUACUCCAGCUAUGGGGGUGAUGAAACUCGCAAAGGCUGCCGUUAUCCGCUCACUUGGCCAGCCAGAAUCGCUGAAGAGAACCAUGUCGGCCAGGGACCGCAGGGCAGAGAAGAGGGCCAAGAAGCUGGAGAAGAGCGUAGCCAAGACGAUCAGGCGCCAGGUCUGCCGUCCAAAGAUUCCAGGAGUCGUCCUAGCUAGUUCCGUCGAGCAGGUAAACAAGGCUAUCCACGGUAUCAGCAAGCUCGAAUCUGCCUUAAGCCCUGAGGAUGCAGACACCUUCUUCGUAGCCAGCAUCCUGCGCUUCCAAGAGGUGGAAGAGCAGGCUCGAGAGUUUGCCAUGAAACAGGAUGCCCACGGAGGACACGGACACCACGAGUCGAAAACACCGUCUCCCGGUAAGGACAGAGCCGAGUACGGCAACAUCAACAAGUACGAGCUUCCAAUAAUCCGGGAGAUCCUCGCUGGGCUCAACAUCCGCAUUGACAAAGACAACGCCGACAAGGACCGCAAGCAGCUGCUCGUGAAGCUUGGAGAGGCCAUCUUCACCGACUUGGAGCUGCUAUCAAACGAGGCUCGGGAGAUAAUGAAGCGCAGCGCAGGCUACUGGCGCUUUGCCAGCAGGCGCACCUACAACGCGAUGGUGCGCAACAGCAAGAUCGUGAACUGGGAGACGGGCGAGAAGCUGACGGAGGAGACCCUGGCCGCCCACGAGUUAGAGGAGUAG